AAAUGGAUUUAAAAGAAAAGUAUUCAAAAAAAGAUAUUCUUAAAAAUUAUCACUAUAUAAAGUCUCAAAUACCACAGGUUACUAGCCAUACCAUUUUCCUACUAAUUUAUGCAAUAAUGGAGAAAAAAUUCACCUCUUUUCUCUUGUUGCUUCACUAUGUUAUGGUUAGUUCAGGUAUGACCCAAACCAACACUACGACUGAUCAAUUAGCUCUUCUCUUUAAAAUCUCAAAUCAUGUCCGACCCCUUUCACUUCUUGGAUGAUAGUUGGUCUCCCGCUACUUCUGUUUUUCAUUGGGUGGGAGUCACUUGUGGUUCUCUUCACCAGAGAGUAAAGUCCUUGAACCUUUCCAACAUGGCUCUUACUGGCAGAAUUACUCGUGAAUUUGGAAACCCCACAUUUCUUGUUUCUCUUGACUUGGAAAGAAACAAUUUCCAGGGAAAUUUGCCUCAAGAAAUGGCACGCUUGCAUCGGCUUAGGUUUCUUGAUUUAAGUUUCAACAAAUUCAGAGGGGAGGUUCCUUCUUGGUUUGGGUUUUUACACCAACUUCAAGUUCUAAAUCUUAGGAAUAAUAGUUUCACUGGUUCCAUCCCGUCUUCAUUUCCUAAUAUAUCCACACUUGAUACUUCAACUCCAUAGAGGGCCAAAUACCAAAAGUGAUUGGAAACCUUAGAGAAUUAAAGUUGAGGGGUAACAAUCUCAUAGGCUCUAUUCCUCUGUCACUCUCGAAUGCCUCAAGGUUGGAGGUUUUAGAUAUAUCUGAACAUCCCAAAAGGGAUCGGCAAUCUUCACAACAUGAAGUUGUUGGCCAUACAAUAUAAUCAACUUAUGGGUUAUAUACCAUUCACAAUUUUCAAUAUUUCUAGGAUCGAAUUCAUUGCAUUUACAGCCAAUAGCUUAUCAGGAUAUCUUCCCAAUGGUUUAUGCAAUGGUCUCCCAAUACUAAAAGGGCUUUAUCUAUCCACAAACAAGCUUCGCGGUCAUAUGCCUACUAGCUUACCAAAUUCACUAAUUCAAAUUUUGUCUUUAUCAGAAAAUGAGUCUGAUGGACCAAUACAUAGUGAAAUUGGAAGAUUGAGUAACAUGCAGAAAUUGGCCCUCGGAACUAACCAUUUCACUGUGUUAGCCAUGGAGAAAAACCAGAUUACUGGGUCUGUCCCGAUCUCCAUAUUCAAUAUCUCAUCGCUGCAAAUUUUGUCAGCAUGGCAGAACAAUCUUAUAGGUGAAAUACCCAAAGAGAUAAGCAAUCUCAUUGAGUUGGAGGAGCUUGUUCUUGCUGAUAAUAGUCUUAGUGGUUCACUUGAUACGGAGAUCAUCAACAUAUCAGGGCUGAGAAUAAUUGAUCUUUCAUCCAAUAAUCUAUCAGGAAGCCUCCCACCAAACUUAGGUUCUAUCUUACCCAACAUUGAAAGACUUUUUCUGGGUAGCUUAACCAAUUUUGUUGGGACUAUUCCUCAUUCAAUAUCCAAUUGUUCAAAACUUUCUAUUCUUGACCUUUCCGACAACAAACUCACUGGAUUGAUUCCCAAUUCUCUUGGAUAUUUGACUCAUCUACAGUAUCUAAACUUGGAGGGAAACAAUUUAACAAGUGACUCACUGUUAAGCUUGCUGACAUCCUUAACAAACUGAAGAAAUUUAAUAGUUCUAUCUCUAUCUUUCAACCCUCUAAACAGCAUGCUUCCUGCCUCCACAGGGAACUUUCCACAUCUCUUAGAACACUUUUCGCCCUCAGUUGUAAAAUCCAAGUGCGAAUUCCACAUGAAGUUGGGAACUUAAGCAGCUUAUUAGACCUUAGACUUUCUGGAAACAACUUGUUUGGAUCGAUUCCCAUAACAAUUGGCAACUUGAGAAAGCUUCAGCACUUCGACUUGACUAAUAACAAAUUAACAGGAUUUAUUGGAGAUCAUAUAUGUAAAUUGCAGCAUUUGGGUGAUAUUUACUUGGGUAAAAAUCAACUUUCAGGAUUUCUUCCUAAUUGUUUAGGGAAUAUUACUUCCCUUAGGGAGAUACAUCUUGGUUCCAAUAAAUUGAGUUCCAAUAUACCACCAAGCUUAGGGAACCUUCAAGAACUAGUGGUUCUUGACUUAUCAUCAAACAACAUGGUAGGUUCUUUACCUCCAGAAAUUGGAAAUCUAAAGGCUGUGACACUGAUAGAUCUGUCAAUGAAUCAAUUCUCAAAUGAAAUUCCUAGAGAAAUUGGAGGAUUACAAACUCUGGUGCACCUUUCUUUGAGACACCAAAAGUUGCAAGGAUCUAUACCCGACUCAAUGAGCAGCUUGGUCGGUUGGGAAUUCCUAGACCUUUCUGAUAACAAUAUGUUGGGAACUAUUCCCAUGUCUUUGGAGAAACUCCAAAACCUGAAGGAUUUCAAUGUUUCUGUCAACAAGUUGUACGGUGAAAUAGCCUCGGGGGGUCCUUUCAAGAACCUCUCGAGUGACUUUUUCGUCGACAAUGAAGCAUUGUGUGGUUCUUCAAGAUUUAAUGUCCCACCAUGCCCCGCUUCAUCAAAGCUCAGAUCAAAUAGGAAAAAGUUGAUACUUUUAUUUCUUUUUGUCGCAAUUGCAGUUGUAUUUGUUCCUAUGACCUUUGUGCUCCUAUGGAUAAGGUAUAGAAGAGAUAAAAGUGUUCCUCAGCAAGCUGACUUAUUGUCUACCGUAUCAAGAGAAAGGAUUUCAUACUAUGAACUUCUCCGAGCCACUAAUGCGCUUAGCGAGAGUAAUCUGAUUGGUUCUGGAUGUUUUGGCUCGGUUUACAAAGGCAUUUUCAAAGGUGGAACGGCCAUUACAGUUAAAGUGUUCAACCUGCAACUGGAUGCAGCUUUCAAGAGUUUUGAUAAAGAAUGUGAACUUUUGUGUAGCCUUCGCCAUAGAACUCUCGUAAAAGUCAUUACUAGUUGUUCCAUUCUUGAUUUCAAGGCUUUAGUGCUCGAGUAUAUGCCUAAUGGUAGUCUUGAGAAGUAUUUGUAUUCGCACAACUACUUCCUCGACAUCAGGCAGAGACUAAGCAUAAUGAUAGAUGUGGCAUGUGCAUUGGAAUAUCUCCAUCAUGGGUGUUCGUCGCCUGUGAUCCACUGUGAUCUGAAGCCUAGUAACGUCUUGCUGGAUGAGGAUAUGGUUGCCCGCCUUAGUGAUUUUGGCAUUUCAAAACUGCUUGGUGAAGAUCAGGGUGAUUUGUACACUAAAACCUUAGCAACAUUGGGUUCUAUUGUACCAGAGUAUGGACUGGAGGGACUAGUUUCAACAAAAUGUGAUGUCUACAGUUAUGGGGUCAUGUUGCUGGAAACGUUUACCAGGAGAAAUCCUAAUGAGUUUGAUGGAGAACUUAGCUCGAAGCAAUGGGUGAGUUAUUCACUUCCUGGAGCAGUAAUGGACGUCUUAGAUGCCAACUUGGUAACCCAAACGGGUAGUCGCUUACAGAUGGAGCUAGAUGUAAGGCGGCAUUAGAUUGUUGUGCUGAAUCUCCGGCAAGAAGGACUAACAUGAAAGAUGUUGUAGGGAUGCUACAGAAGAUCAAUAUUCAACUUCUUGCAUGCUAAGCAUAGUCUCGGAGUCUCUCCUUCCAGAUUACUUGUUUGUUGCAAAAGUUUUCUAAAUUGUUGGAUUUAUGUGAAGUUUGUUAUUUUUUUUUUUUUGUUUUAGUACUUGGUUUCUGGAUGAUUCCUUUUUCAGAAAAGUUAGCGGGCUGCUA